GCAUUUCUAUUCCCUCCAGGAAGAGCAUCAAAGCUGAAGUAGUAGCAGUAGCAGAAGUAGCAGCAGCAGUAGCAGCAAUAAACAAACAUGAGUGCGAAGAGCAUGGCUAUAGCCUUGGCUGUGAUAUUCUGUGCUACGGUUAUUCAAGGCUUCCCAAUAUUCAAAGCGGGGCGUUGUCUUUGCAUAGGCCCUGGAGUAAAAGCUGUGAAAGUGGCAGAUAUUGAAAAAGCCUCCAUAAUCUACCCAAGUAACAACUGCGACAAAAUAGAAGUGAUUAUCACCCUGAAAGCAAAUAAAGGAAAACGAUGCCUAAAUCCCAGAUCAAAGCAAGCAAGCCUUAUAAUCAAGCAAAUUGAAAGAAAGAAUUUUUUUAAAUACCAAAAAGUAUGA